AUGUCUACUCGUCGAUUGGUAACUGUGGUAGGAGCGACUGGUGCUCAAGGAGGUGCCGUUGUUCGAUCAUUACUUGAAACAGACAAAUAUAAGGACUAUUCAAAAGAAAUAAAUAUGUCUUCUUCACUUAGCGAAAAAUCAAAUGAUUCAAAACUUUGGCCACUAACAACAAUCAAUAAUCCUUCAAUAUGUACAAUUGAUGAUCAAGACAUGAAUUCCAAUGAUAUUGAACAAAAAUUAAAAGAGAAAAAGCGACAGAAUAAGAAUAAAAGAACGACAAUUCAUACUGAUUUAUUAAUAGAUGUGUAUUGUUUAACACAAAGAGCUGAUCGAGAAAGUUUCGAUAGUUUUGAGUGUUUAUCUGAAGAUGAAGAUCUAUUAUUAGAUUGCUUUUUUGCCAAAGAUAGUAAUCAAAUGAAUUAA